UUCAUCACGGGAACGUGAGAGAGAGAGAGAGAGAGAGAGAGAGAGACUGGCUGAUGUUUCUUUUAUGUUGUUUCUUUGAUUGACAGAAGGGGAUGAAAGGGUGGCAGCCAGUUGAUAUUUGUCAGAGAGAGAGAGAGCUGAUUGGAUUGGAGAGAGCUGAAGAGGUAUUGAGAUACAAUGAGCAGAGAGAGAGAGCAAGAGCUUGCUGGUGGUGGUGAUUGCAGUCAGUUCCUUCGCUAGCCCCACACUGUGGAAAUACAGCGUGCCCAAUACUGAGGAACAACAGAAAGAGAGGUGUUAUAUAGAAAAGAGAGGAGUCAAAACGAAAGGGGGAACAGAGGAGCAAUUACGCGCCUUUCACUCAUCUCUAAAUGGACUGAACUUUAUGAAGAAGAGGAGCACCGCAGAAGCACAGAGAGGAGGAGGGCGAUUUCUCUCUUCUUGUGACUGCCAGGGGAGCCGUUUCAGGGUGUGAUUGCGACAGCGUUUCCUCUGCAUGUAUUUGAGAGGGAGUGUGUGUAUCUGUCCGCCUGUCAAUAUACUCUGGAGCUGUGGUUGCCUCUUGGAAAGAAAGUGAUCUAUCGUUCUGUUUGGAAAAGGGGAUUUGGAUGGGACGGAUUUUGGGGAAUUCAAGAAAUGCUUAAAGGACACAGUUUAGUGUAUCUAUUGUGCCUGCACCACGCACCUCUCCUCUGCUCCUCUUCUCUCUGUUUUCUCCCUCUUUUUUCCCCUUCCUCCUCCCCUUCUCCACUUCUCUCUCCUCUUUCUCCCGGCGCUGGUGCACAUGCUCAUAAUAGCUGUCCAUUUGGCAUUCGGCUGAGGACUCCCUCACUCGCUCUCCGUGGCAACCGCUAACAGCUAAUCUCGCAGGGGCUAACCGUCCGUUCGCCCAUGGAGAGGGGACUGAGAUGGAUCCCAAAUCACCCCUGGAGACUUUUCCACAUAGUGUCAAUUUCCUGCCCUGCCAAGGGCCACGCUUCCCUCCAUGUGGCCACUCUUCUGUGUGAUAACCUCUAGAGUGCCCAGCGUCCUUCACACCUAAAGACUUCACAUCAAGCUGGCUUUCUUUGGGGGUGCUAUGGCAACCCGUUCCGUUCAAAGCCUCAGUGUUUUGCUGCCACGUUGAAUGAAGAGCGGAUUUGGGGUCAUUUUUCUGUAUGAUACAGCUUCACACAAGUGGAUGUGAGAACUAAAAGACAGGAAAGCCAUUGGUACCCAAGAAUUUCCGGCCAAGGAUUCUGUAAGAUAAUGUCUCACACGAGGUGAUACGGCUGUCAUGUAGGAAGUACAGAACAGUAAUGUAUUGGAUUCCGAAAAUCCUCAAUUAUCGUUCCAGGUAAUCUCGAUUCAACAUAAAUUCUUUUUCUGUCAUGCCGUGAUCUACAAAGCAGUGGAUUAACUGUCAGUACCCAGAACAGAGAGAGAAUUUGAAAUUGCAACUAGGUUAUUAUCUGCCCAUCGCUUCUCUCAUAUUUCCAUCGCUUCAGUUUUGCUUUUGAGUAAUUAUUAUUGGCUUAAUCAACGAGGCAGCGGGAAAUUCUUCUGGCCCUCCCGGUGUGAAAGACAUCUGAAACAAAGAAAUUAGUAUAAAAAAAAAAGGUGUGGAUAAGGAAGAGAGAAAGACAGUAAUAAAGAAAGGGAGUCAAGUGGGGAACAGGUGUAGAGAAUCUAAAAAGAUCAAAGUGAGAGAGCGGGAGACUGAGUCAGGCUGACAUUUGCAGAAGCCCGCUUAUAGAGGAGACCAGAGAGACAGGAGAGAAUCCGUAGGGAAGGUUGGGCAGGCGGAUGGAUAGAGUGGGGGUAAGGAUAAGGGGGCCAUUUCAGUCAGAUAGUGGGGUAACGGUAGGAUCCCAACCUUUAGAUUGAGACCCACUAGUGUCAUUGACAUUCUCUGCACUACCUUUCUCGCUGUUCCUCGGGCGAAAGGGAGAGUGUGUUAGAGAAAAAAAGAGAGGGGGAGGGAGGGAAAGAGAGAGAGAAAACGACUGACUGAAAGAUUGCACUGUCGCCACAAUCGGGGCCAAUUAAGAUCAUUUUAUUAAAUGCCUUAAUCUUGCCAGUCAGGUGGGAGAGACAUACAGAGAGAGGAAGAGCGAGAGGUAACCGAAAUAGAGUGGGGAACAGGUGCCACAGAUACACAUCAUUAUUGCCUUCCUCUUUAAUUGAGUUUGUUUUUUCCCCUCUCUUUUAAUCUCGGAACGAGAUCCUUUUUGAGGGCUGUUCUGGUUGAAGCAAGGGAGGCCAUUGCCCGUUUGCCGAAAGGGAAGGCAGGAGAGAGAAAUUGUUAUUUUUUCCAAUUGAAACAGAAUGGUAUUUUUUCUCCCCGGCUCUUUUAUUUGUUAGCAGCACACACUCUUUCAUUCUGCCCUCUCUUCAUCGCUCCAUCACGGCAGAAAAUGAGAGAUUUCACUUUCACCUCUGACUACAUCCCUUUUUCACUGCUGUUGGAUAUUUCUCUCCCCCCUAGAGAAUUCCUCAUUUUCCACCCUAAGGGAAUACUUUCCUACUAAAGGACAACCCUAGGGGUUGGACAUUACUCCUAUAUAGGUUUUCCCCAUACUAUACCUUAUCACAAUAUCAAGAAGAAAACACACCUGGUAAAAAUAAAUAGAAAAUCCUCCCAAAGCCCUAACUUCAAACCCAGACCCACGCCACACCCCCCGACCCCUUUCUCUCCCCCACUCCCUCCGCCUCCCCCUCCUCUCGGAUCUUACUCCUCUUUCUCCAUUCCUGUUAUCCGUGGGGUAUCCUACUCCCUGCCAGGAAUAAGCCUGCUUGCAUCCGCGGGAAUCUUUUGAUAUCGGCUCCUGGUGUCAUCUGAUUUAUUCUGUGGUGGACCAGGCAGCCAGAAGACCAUUCUCCAUGAGGAGCAGUGGAAGAUGCCGGCUCUGCCAGCGCUGCUGCUGUCGAUUUACUUCCUCUUCCUUUUGCUGACCAUGGCCCCGCUCUCUUUCACCCAGGCUCCCGCGCUCUCCUCCGUCAGAAUGGCGGCUAUUUUGGAUGACCAGUCGGUGUGUGGUCGAGGGGAGCGGCUGGCGCUGGCUCUGGCCAGGGAGAACAUCAACAGUAUGUUUGAGGGCCCAUCCAGAGCCCACGUGGAGGUGGACAUCUUCGAGCUGCAGAAGGACUCCCAGUACGAGACCACCGAUACCAUGUGUCAGAUAUUGCCGAAGGGGGUGGUCUCUGUGAUUGGCCCCGCGUCCAGUCCCGCCUCAGGCUCAACUGUCAGUCACAUCUGUGGGGAGAAGGAGAUUCCUCAUGUGAAGAUAGGCCCGGAGGAGACGCCCAAACUCCCAUACCUCCGCUUCGCCUCGGUCAGCCUCUACCCCAGCAACGAGGACCUGAGCCUGGCUAUAGGGGCCAUUCUCCGCUCCUUCAGCUAUCCCACCGUCAGCCUCAUCUGCGCCAAGGCAGAGUGCCUGCUGCGAUUGGAGGAGCUGGUGCGGCGCUUCCUGAUCUCCCGGGAAACGCUGUCUGUCAGGAUGCUGGACGAAAGCCUGGACCCCACCCCCUUGCUGAAAGAGAUCAGAGACGACAAAGUGGCCACUAUCAUCAUCGACGCCAACGCCUCCAUCUCCUACCUCAUCCUCCAGAAGGCAUCGGAGCUGGGGAUGACUUCAGCGUUUUACAAGUACAUCCUCACCACCAUGGACUUUCCCCUGCUGCGAUUGGACGACAUGGUGGAUGACCAGUCCAACAUCGUGGGUUUCUCCAUGCUCAACAGCAGCCAUCCCUUCUACCUGGAGUUCAUCAGGAGUCUCAACCUGUCUUGGAGGGAGGGCUGUGAACUCAGCCCCUACCCCGGCCCAGCGGUGAGAACAGCACACCUUCUCUCGUCGGCUCUCAUGUUUGAUGCGGUGCAUGUGGUGGUGGGGGCGGUGCGUGAGCUCAACCGGAGUCAGGAGAUUGGAGUGAAGCCACUCAGCUGCACCACUCCUCAGAUCUGGCAGCACGGCACCAGCCUGAUGAACUACCUGCGCAUGGUGGAGUAUGAUGGGUUGACCGGCAGGGUGGAGUUCAACAGCAAAGGCCAGAGGACAAACUACACCCUGAGGAUCCUGGAGAAGCACCAUGGGGGUCAUAAAGAGAUCGGGAUCUGGUACUCUAACAACACGUUGGCGAUGAACUCGACGUCUCUGGACAUCAACAUGUCGGAGGCGCUGGCUAACAAGACGCUCAUCGUCACCACCAUAUUGGAGAACCCGUACGUGAUGCGCAAGUCCAACUACCAGGAGCUGCAAGGAAACGACCGGUACCAGGGCUUCUGUGUGGACAUGUUAAGAGAGCUGUCGGACAUGUUGAAGUUCUCCUUCAGGAUCAAGUUGGUGGAUGACGGGCUGUACGGAGCACCUGAACCAAAUGGAUCCUGGACAGGCAUGGUGGGAGAGCUCAUCGAUAGGAAAGCAGAUCUGGCGGUAGCUGGGUUCACCAUCACCUCAGAGAGGGAGAAGGUCAUAGAUUUCUCCAAACCCUUCAUGUCUCUGGGCAUCAGCAUCCUGUAUAGAGUCCAUUUGGGACGGAAGCCAGGUUAUUUCUCCUUCCUGGACCCGUUCUCUCCAGCCGUGUGGCUCUUCAUGCUGCUGGCCUACCUGGCUGUCAGCUGUGUGCUCUUUCUAGCCGCCAGGUUGAGUCCGUAUGAGUGGUACAACCCCCACCCAUGUCUGAUGGGGCGCAAGGACAUGCUGGAGAACCAGUACACCCUGGGCAACAGCCUGUGGUUCCCCGUGGGAGGCUUCAUGCAGCAGGGCUCUGAGAUCAUGCCCCGCGCCCUGUCCACACGCUGCGUCUCCGGGGUCUGGUGGGCGUUCACUCUAAUCAUCAUCUCCUCCUACACGGCCAACCUGGCAGCUUUCCUUACAGUUCAGAGGAUGGAGGUGCCCAUCGAGUCGCCUGACGACCUGGCUGACCAGACCAACAUCCAGUAUGGCACCAUUCAAGGAGGCUCCACCAUGACCUUCUUUAUGAACUCCCGCUACCAGACGUACCAGCGCAUGUGGAACUACAUGCAUUCCAAGCAGCCCAGUGUGUUUGUGAAGAGCACGGAAGAAGGCAUCGCCCGCGUGGUCAACUCUAAAUACGCCUUCCUGCUGGAGAGCACCAUGAACGAGUACCACCGCCGCCUCAACUGUAACCUCACCCAAAUAGGAGGUCUGCUCGACACCAAGGGCUACGGCAUCGGCAUGCCCCUGGGCUCACCGUUUAAAGAGGAGAUCACUCUGGGAGUGUUGCAGCUGGCAGAGAACAACAGGCUGGAGAUCCUGAAGAGGAGGUGGUGGGAGGGGGGGCAGUGCCCCAAGGAGGAGGACCACCGAGCCAAGGGUCUGGGCAUGGAGAACAUCGGGGGUAUUUUCGUGGUGUUGAUCUGUGGCCUCAUCAUCGCCGUGUUCGUGGCCAUCAUGGAGUUUGUUUGGUCCAACCGCCGCUCGGCAGAGACAGACGAGGUGUCAGUGUGUCAGGAGAUGAUGACCGAGUUCUGCAACGCCAUCUCCUGUAAGAAGAGCUCACGCUCUCGGCGCCGGCGGCCCUUGGCCAGCACUGGUGGCGUCCUGCGCCACCCCACCCGCCUCCAGCUGGGUGUCCCAAGACCCAUCCGCCUAGUCCGCGAGAUGCGCCUCAGCAACGGCAAGCUCUACAGUGGCUCGGGCCCCCUGACGGGCGGAGGUGGAGCAGUAGGGGGGGCGUGCGGUGCCGUAGGGGGCGGGGCCUCAGACAUGGGCUCGGGGCCACCACGCCUCCUGGAGGACCAUCUGGGCGCCAACACUACGCCGCCCCCUCCCCCGCCCGCCGCUGCCACGGCGCCACCCUCCCGGAGCUGUGCCCAUGUGCGGAUCUGCCAGGAGUGCCGGCGCAUCCAGAACCUGAGGUCUGCAUCGUCUUGCUCACGCAUCCCGCCCCACCUCGGCCCACACUCUUCCCUGUCCCUGCCCCGCCUCCCGCCACCCCCGCCCCCCUCCUCCACCAACACCGACAGCGAGGGUGGCGGCUGCGGCACAGUGAGCCCCAGGAGGCCCAAACCUAAGCCUACACCCCCUCCGCGGCCCUUACCCCCGGCCAAGACGCCCACCACAGACCUGCUGCUCGGGAAACAAGACUGAGGAGGGACGGAGGGGUCAGACAUGUGACAAGAGUCCAGGGUUAAAAGUCGAAGGUCAGGGUAUUUACAGAGAAACGCGGAGGGGGCUGUGAGCUUGUAGUGUAUUGACACGUCAGGAUCAAACCACACUGACCCGUUUGAGGGGGUGGCAAAGGGUUUAUUCUCCAGAUACCAACACAGUCAACACAGUCGUCUUAAACCAGGAGUCCUGCUAAAACAGGAGACUGGUUCAAACUGGACUAGAUGGUAUAUUCAGACACUGAGAGACAUCAGGAGAGGCCCUCUUGUUGCUCCCUCGCUGGUCUAUGCUCUUCUGCCACAGCUCCAAGUCUGUAGAGAGAUGGGCAUGCUAAACCAACCGAUGGUCUCCACUUUGAUGUGCUGUGCCACAGGCUGUCUAUGGAGUAGAAAAUGACUUUUGACCACACAUGACCGUUAGCUGCCUACGGUGCAUUGAGAGACCAUGUGGUGACCGUUCCACAGUAUGCAUAGGUGUGUUCAAGCUGCCCGGUUUGGCUUUUGACCCCUCUCCCUUUCACUGGGAUCUGGUGGGAGGACUUGACCUAUCCCACAAGCGCCGGAGAGGUUCAGGGGACCAUAGAAACUUCACACACAGACACACGUACACAGAAACUCUUGCGCUUAGAGAAGUUGGUUCUCGCAAGAAGAUGCAUCUUUUUUCCCAGAGCUGCUGUAAGAGCUUAAACUUUGGAAUUCUGGGACGUGUAAAACCAGAGGAUUCAAAAAAAAAGAUUUUGUGUUCUCGAUUUGCUUUCUCUCAGAGUUUAACUCGCCUAAUUUAUUUUCUAUCUUUCUUUCUUUCGUUAUAUAUUUUUAUUGUCGACAUUGGUUUCUUGGUCACUGUGCAGUUAUUCACUCAUGUUUUUGGUUUGUCAUUAAAGAUCCUCGAGAAGCCAAUGUGGAGAUCAUGACCAAAUGAGGUCACUUUCCCACCAAUCACAAGCCUGGGAACAAAGUUCAAAGGUCAAUAGUCAACCGAGGCCAUCUCUGAAACAAAUAUUGACAGUACACCCCAGAUCAAAUGACUCAAUAUUACAGUCCAUGUUGGCUUGUUACAGUAGCAGUGUGUGACUUUGCUUUCCACUGAACAACAAGCCAGUUUUGCCACAGAGAUUUAACGACAGAGUUAGUGUAUCGGUGCCCCAUCACAUUACAGAGCCACAGAGCCACAGAGCACAGUUUAACAGCACGAUACGUUGUGAAUCCUUCAAACAGAUCAGAAUUUAAGAAACUGGAUAUAAAGAGCAAGGUUAAGGGAAUGACAAAAGAGACAAAAUGAUGAUUAUAUAUAGUUAUACAAAGCAGAACAGGAGAAAUGUAAUGCACAGUUCUGUCUGGCCAAUGUUAAGAGGAAACCUGUGUUAAUGUGUGUUCUGUGUGAUUCAUAUGGGUGUCAUACGUUUGUGUGUGUGAGUGCGUACGUACAGAGGAAAGGAUGGGUCAGAGUGCUUUUCAUUUUAAUUUUUUAUUUCUAUACCAGUGCUAAAUUGAUUAUUUAAGCAAUAAGGCCCGAGGGGGUGUGGUAUAUGGCCAAUAUACCACGACUAAGGGCUGUUCUUAUGCACGACACAACGAGUGCCUGGAUGCAGCCAUUAGCCAUGGUAUAUUGGCCAUAUACCACAAACCACUGAGGUGCCUUAUUGCUAUUAUAAACUGGUUACCAA